AUGGUUCAGCUAUGGUGUUUUCUGAUGGAAAUAGCUCUCCAGGAGGUCUUCUACAAAGGAAAAGAUAAUCUUAGCUCGUUACCACCGUAUAAAGGACAUGCAUCCCAGAGUAGAACAUACAGCGGUUAUAACGCACCUGCAGACAGAGCAGUAGAUGGCUACCUCCAGGAGGAACGUGAAAACACCUGCAGUAUUACAUUGGCUAAACCUGAGUUUAAAGUUGCUUGGUGGAAAUUUUCACUAAAACGCAUGUCUAAUAUAGCGUAUUUAGAAAUUUAUUUUCGAAGUUCAAUUUGCAAAAAAGGAUAUUAUGGACAACGCUGUGAAUUAAACUGCGGCAAAUGUAGCAACGGAACCUUCUGUGAUAAUAUAACGGGGAUAUGUCCAGAUGGAUGUCAAGGUCGUUGGAAUGGUUCUCUCUGUGACGCACGUGAAGAAGGGUUUUAUGGACAAACCUGUGAAAAAACAUGUGGAAACUGUAAAUCGGGAACAUACUGUAAUACAUCCACCGGAGUAUGUCCAAAUGGUUGUGAGAAUAAUUGGGAUGGACUGAUGUGCAAAGUUUGCAAAAAAGGAUAUUAUGGACAAAGCUGUGAAUUAAAUUGCGGCAAAUGUAGCAAUGGAAAAUACUGUGAUAAUAUAACGGGAGUAUGUCCAGAAGGAUGCCAAGAACAUUGGACUGGACUUCUGUGUGACGCGUGCCCUGAUGGAUUUUAUGGAGCAACCUGUGAAUUAAACUGUGGCAAAUGUAGUACCGGAACCUUUUGUUAUAACGUAACAGGAAUAUGUCCAGAAGGAUGUCAGAACCGCUGGACUGGUUCUUUGUGUGACGAUUGUGAAGCAGGACUUUAUGGGCAGACAUGUGAAAACUUCUGUGGAAACUGUAGAAAUGGGACAAACUGUAAUACUUCCUUCGGAAUAUGUCCAGAUGGUUGUGAGGAUCAUUGGGAUGGACAAAUGUGUAAUGAAUACGAUUACAAAGAAACUCUGGUGAAUUAG